AUGUCGUUUCCGGCAGGCUCGCGCGAAGAUGUGGAGGCUUGGGCUCGAUCCGAAUUUCCCGCCUAUUUCGAAGCAACUCUUAUGGCCGGAGGCGUAGGAUCCUACGGCACUUCCUACUUUGGAGGAGAGUACGUGGAUGGUAAGGUAGUCCUGCAGCCAAUACUGGUCGCGGCAUUGAAAGUUGGAUUGACGACCACCGGUCAGACUGUGUAUGCUCGCCUUAGGGGAGACGACGAUGUCCAACUCUUCAGUGACCACAAGCUCACACCUCCAAUGGAAGAUAGCAAACCGAAGCGACUACUCUCCAACGACCAAAAGCUCACAUCUUCAACGGAGGACAACAAAUCGAUCCGAUGCAUCAUACCCGUCAUGGACCUUGCCGAUGUCCAGCUUCACUCGCCCUUCUACCACUCGCUCGAAACCGGUCAUCCGGCUGGCGUUGAUCGACUCGAGACUUUAAUCAGAUUCCAGUGCUUGAUUCAUGGUGACAUGACCGCAGUGCAGCCUAAACUUGGGUUCUUCAAGACGCACUUCCGUGCCGCCUGCCGCGACGUAGCUCGUGGAACCGGUGCUGUAGUCGAAGAAGAUAACUUAGACGACCUCCUUCCCGGUGACACACCACCCGAACUCAUCGCAGAUACCGAUAUCGGCAGGCUGCGCGACAACCCAACUGCAACUCACGUCUUCCGCAGCCACAUCCAUGCCUUGGACGAAAGCUACCACGACUUCAAGAUAAGCGCUCUGAGGCACCUCGGCGCAAUCCAGGCAGUCGAAAAGACCGACGCGGAGGAGCUUCGAGCCCGGAACAAGGAGCUCGAGCGCAGCGUUGUUCUGGCUGAAGAAAGCCGAGUGAAGCUGGAGAAGGAGCUUGCGGUCGAAAGGGAGAAGACCAAGGCAGCAACGGGCGAGGCGGUGGGAUGGAAGGCUCAGUAUGAAGGGUUGAUGGACACGCUGCAGAGCGUUGUGGGUCGACCUUGCUGA